GAUGCCUGUUCAAACAUAAUCAAUGGAACAGCUCAGAUCCCUAAGGAUGUCACAGAGGAUGAUGAAAUCAUUACAAUGCUGGAGGCUGCAGAGAGAAGGGAGAGAAGGCGGCAGGAGGAGAAACUUCUGGAAGCAGCCAGGGAGGGUGACAUCUCUACUCUGUCUAAGCUGCUCAGUGGAAAAGAAGCUCCAGACAUUCACUGCAGAGACUCGGUGGGGAACACACCCUUGCACUGUGCAGCCUACAGAGGGCAGAAGCAGUGUGCCAUAAAGCUGCUCAAAUGUGGAGCCAGCCCCAGUUUAAAAAACCAAAAUGAGCAGACAGCAUUAGAGCUGGUACGCAAUGAUGAGCUGAGGUUGAUUCUAGCUGCCUAUCAAGAUAAGGAUGUGAGCAGUGCAGUGCAGAGGACUGAAGGCCUUCUUUGGAAGAGUUCACGCUUUCUGGGAUGGCGAUCCCACUGGGUGGUUAUUGAGGAUGGAACUCUCUCCUGGUACCCCAGACAGGCUGAUGUGCUGACUGGUGUCAGGAAACAGGGCUGCAAGUCUCUUACUCAAUCCUACUGCAUGAUCAAACCAUGGGACCAUUGCUUCUUCACGCUCAAGUGCUUUGAUGACACUCUUCAUUGUUUUAAAGUCCCUUCAAAGACAGAUUCAGUGGCAACAAGAAAAAGAUGGCUGGAUGCUUUUGAGGCCCAUUCAUCCUACAGCACUCGCCACAGCACCCAUGAACCAAUUAUAGACGAUGAAGCUACUGAUGGGGGCAGUUCAGUAAGAAUACUGUCUCAAGCCCUUCAGGCAGCCAACGCUUUCCAGCAGAAAUUGGAGGGUGAAGUGUCAAUAUUUCUAUCGAUGGUGAAGAACGAGGAGAACUAUGAAUUGGCUGCACCUCUUUUACUGAAAGCCAAAGAGACCAGUGAGCUCUCCAGUGAGACCUGUGCAGCUCUUCAUCAGUGCCUUGAACUGCUCUCAAAGCAAGAGGAGGUGUGGAGCCUGAAGUUAGAGCAGGAGGAAGAGAAGAAUAAAGCCCUCUCAGAGGCUCUGCAGACGUUGUCAACUGAGAACAUCAAACUCCAGCAGUCCCUGUGUAAGGGCAGGAGGUUGUCUGCCCUCAGUUCCCUCAAUGAAGAUGACUUCUAUGAUGCUGUGUCAGAGUCGGAUUCGGAGCUCUCUGUGAGCGGCUUCCUUUCUCUGACCAGUUACUCCUGUGAAGAGGACGAGGGGAGAGACGCCCCCCUUUUCAGCAGCCUCCGCCAUCCCAGCACGCUCAGGGGGCCUUCCGGAAUGUCAGGGGAGGGUAACCAUGGCAACCAACCAGCCCAGUGCAACGGAGUCGAAAAGCACAGAGGAUGUUUGCCGGCUCCCAUGUUCUCCAGGAACGACGUCAGCAUAUGGAGUAUCCUAAAGAAAUGCAUCGGCAUGGAGCUGUCGAAGAUUGCCAUGCCUGUGAUAUUUAACGAACCUCUGAGUUUCCUCCAGCGGCUAACAGAAUACAUGGAGCACACCUACCUCAUCCACCAGGCCAAUGCUACAACAGACUCAGUGGAGAGGAUGAAGUGUGUUGCAGCAUUUGCUGUGUCAGCUGUAGCGUCGCAGUGGGAUAGGACUGGGAAACCCUUCAACCCACUACUUGGGGAAACAUACGAGCUCAUCAGAGACGAUUUGGGCUUUAGGUGGGUUUCCGAGCAAGUAAGCCACCAUCCUCCAGUAAGUGCCUUUCAAGCAGAGGGCCUCAAUGAGAAUUUUGUCUUCCAUGGCUCCAUCUACCCCAAACUCAAGUUUUGGGGGAAAUGCAUAGAAGCUGAGCCUAAGGGAGUUAUCACACUCGAGCUGCCGAAAUAUAAUGAAGCCUACACCUGGACAAACCCUACCUGUUGUGUGCACAAUAUAAUUGUGGGACAGCUUUGGAUUGAGCAGUAUGGCAGCGUGGAAGUGAUCAAUCACAAGACUGGAGAGAGAUGCAGCAUGACUUUCAAACCCUGUGGCCUCUUUGGAAAAGAGCUCCAUAAAGUGGAGGGCUACAUCUUAGAUAAAAGCAAAAAGAAGCUCUGUGCAAUAUAUGGCAAAUGGACUGAGUGUCUUUACACAGUCGACCCCGCUUCCUUUGAGGACAAAAAGAUGGACAAAAAGAAUUCCGAUGACAAAAAGGGCAACAAACAGAGCAGUGUGGAUGAGGAGCCAGAAGAGAUGCCUCCGCCUGAUGCCGAAACCGUCCAGGUCAUCCCGGGGAGCGAGCUCAUCUGGAAGAUAACGCCUCGACCAGAAAACUCAGCCAAGUUCUAUGCAUUUUCAAAAUUUGCAAUGCACCUAAAUGAGCAUGAGAAGAGCAUGGAGGGAGUUAUUCCCACCACAGACAGUCGCCUCAGACCUGACAUUCGGGCCAUGGAGAACGGAGAUAUAGAUAUGGCGAGUGCAGAGAAGAAGAGACUUGAGGAAAAACAGAGAAUGGCUCGGAAAAAUCGCACUAAAUCAACAGAAGAGUGGAAAACAAGGUGGUUUCAGCAAGGACCCAACCCUCACAACAAAGCUCAGGACUGGCUCUACUCAAAAGGCUACUGGGACAGGAACUACAAUCACAUGCCUGACAUCUACUAAUAAGUAGAAAUACAAACUAUUACCAUGGACAUUUAAAUCUACUUUUACAACCGUUCCACUUCUUAGCUGUACUAGGUUUUUUUUUGCUAGAGCUUCCAACAAUGUAAAGGAGUAAGGUACAGAGGGUAGGAUUGACUUAACAUGUUAUAAUGAAUAAACCUAGAGGCAUAUAUGUACUCCUACAGAUGUGUGUGAAUAAAAAGCACAAAAUCUCUUAGCUUAUUUAUUGUGGUCCUUGGCCAUUUAAAUAUGAUAUAGGCAUGUCAUUGAAAAAUAGAAUGUAUUUUAGAAAUAUGAAUAUAUAAAUGUUAGAUAGCUGGAGGGAUGAAACAGCAACCUUGUUUUUUUUUGUUAGUAGUAUGUUCAUGAUUCCUGCUGGUCAUUUUACAAAUAACAUCAGUGCAGACAUACUAGAUAAAAUCAGUGAGUAAUGCAUCCUGAGCAGAAUUCAUUUGACCUUUAUUACAUUUUGACACUGAUUCUCCUUUGGCCUUCUGUAUCGAAGUGCUAACGAUUAUAACAGAAUAUUUAGGAGCCUUUUGAGUCUAUUUUGUAGUUGUGCAGAUAACUAGUGUUCGAUGCAUUUUAAAUUCUGCUUGUUAGCUAAUGAUAUUUAACUGCGCCUAGUUGUUUCUCUACGAAGAUAUGAGCUGGUAAAAAGGGAUGUUUCACUAGAAUCCUGGGCAGUACUACAACAACAAGACUAACUCAACUUAACAAUGCAUACAAUUUGAAUGGGGUCCUAAAUGAUGGACUGUAUAGAGGUGAACAGUGUUGCACAUACAUCUACUUGACUGUAAUAAAGUAGCAUCUUUUCCAAACUGUACUGUAGCAGAAACACUUGCUCUGCACUAUAGAUUUGUGUGUAUGUGUGUUAAGGUCUUGCAUUUGUUCAGUGAAACUUCUUAUAUUCCUAGAGUUAUUGGUCUAAGUAAAGUAUAGCAUGUGUAUCCUUAUAACUAUGCAAGCCUUACCUCUUUCACAAUCAAGCACUGAAUAUUAUUUUUCUCUACUUGUGAAUAGCUGACAGAAGUGUAUGUUUUUUUUCCCCCGUUAUGACACUUUUGGGUAUUAAAACUGAAUUUCUAUUGUUGCUAAAUAAAGGCUUAAUGUUCACUGAAA